GGUAACCAGGAAGCCACUGCACCUCCUGACACAAUGGCACAGCCUUAUGCCUCCGCCCAGUUUGCUCCUCCCCAGAACGGCAUCCCAGGAGAAUACACCGGCCCCCACCCUCACCCAACCCCAGACUACCCCGGGCAAACCACGGUUCCAGAGCACACGUUAAACCUGUACCCGCCUGCGCAGACGCACUCCGAACCAAACACAAGUGACACAAAUGCACAAACUGUCUCAGGCACAGCCACCCAGACAGACGAUGCAGCACAGACCGAUGGUCAGCAACAGACACAAUCUUCUGAAAACACAGAGAACAAAUCACAGCCCAAACGGCUGCAUGUCUCAAAUAUUCCCUUCAGAUUCCGGGAUCCGGAUCUCAGACAAAUGUUUGGGCAAUUUGGUAAAAUCUUAGAUGUUGAAAUUAUUUUUAAUGAGCGAGGCUCAAAGGGAUUUGGUUUCGUUACUUUCGAAAAUAGUGCUGAUGCGGAAAGGGCGCGCGAGAAAUUACACGGCACCGUGGUAGAGGGCCGUAAAAUCGAGGUAAAUAAUGCAACAGCACGCGUCAUGACGAAUAAGAAGACGGUUAACCCUUAUACAAAUGGUUGGAAAUUAAAUCCAGUUGUUGGUGCAGUCUAUAGUCCAGAAUUCUAUGCAGGCAGGGUGCUCCUGUGCCAGGCAAACCAAGAAGGAUCUCCCAUGUACAGUGCCCCCAGUUCACUAGUAUACACAUCCACAAUGCCGGGGUUCCCGUAUCCAGCUGCAACUGCAGCUGCUGCAUACCGAGGGGCCCACCUUAGGGGCAGAGGUCGCACCGUCUACAACACAUUUCGUGCCGCAGCUCCCCCACCUCCGAUCCCAGCUUAUGGCGGUGUUGUUUACCAGGAUGGAUUUUAUGGUGCAGACAUUUAUGGGGGCUACGCUGCCUAUCGGUAUGCCCAGCCUACUACAGCUACCGCCACUGCCUACAGUGAUAGUUACGGACGACUUUAUGCUGCAGACCCCUACCACCACGCACUUGCUCCAGCAGCCACCUACGGCGUUGGUGCCAUGAAUGCUUUUGCACCCUUGAGUGAUGCCAAGAACAGGAGCCAUGCUGACGAUGUCGGUCUCGUUCUUUCUUCAUUGCAGGCUAGUAUAUACCGAGGGGGAUACAGCCGUUUUGCUCCAUACUAAAUGACAAAAACCAUAAAACCUCCCCAAAUGGGGGAAAAAAGGAAGCUUUCCGAGGCCUGGGGAUUGCAAUACAUGCAGUAGUGCAUCAUUUUAGCAACUCUAAAAACAAACAAACAAAUAAGUAAAAUAAAAUAAACAAGUACAUAAAAAAGAGGAGAAAAAAAAUCUACAUUUUUUAUCUUAUACCUCAGAUAUUUUGUUCUGUGUAUUUUAAUAUUGUGGGUCUUUUAAUUUCUGAAGGUUGCAUAGUUUGCUGGCUGUAGAAGGUAUUUAUUAUUAUUAUUAAU